AUGACAGACCAGCAGAGGAUACAUCCGGUGGCAGUUGAUGUCGGAGCACCACCAACUCCGACGCGCCCUCUAGUGCGGAUGAUAAAAUCCGACCAACCAUUUCAGAAUCGUCAAGGACAAGCAAUUACAGCAAUGCCCCACAAAAGGAGUUGCUGGUGCAAAUGCCUGUGUUGGACAGUCGGCCUCCUCAUCCUCCUGCUCGUCAUCAUAGGAGCCACUGCAGGCGUUAUCUACCUCAUUUUCCAACCAAAACUCCCUCAAUACUCAGUCGACAACCUCAGGAUAUCAGACCUCACACUCAAUUUCGACCUCAGCCUCUACGCGAGGUUCAGUGUCAGGAUCACGGCCAACAACCCCAAUAAAAAGAUCGGUAUAUACUAUGAGAGAGGGAGCCACCUAAGCGUAUGGUACAAAAACACAAACCUUUGCCAGGGAUCAUUGCCCACAUUCUACCAGGGACACCGCAACACAACAAUGUUGAGUGUGGGCCUAAGCGGACAAAAUCAAUACGGGAGGACUUUACUGGAUGCGUUGCAAGAGGAGCAAAUGACGGGACGGAUCCCCUUGGAUCUCAAGAUAGAUGUUCCUGUCAAGAUUAAACUCGGGAAGCUGAAGCUGACCAAGGUGAGGAUAUUAGGCAGCUGCAGGCUGAUUGUCGAUCGCCUGUCGACUAAUAGCUUCAUCAGAAUUCAAGCCAGUACCUGUAACUUCGGGGUCAAGCUCUGA